AUGUGUAAGCAGUGUGUUAUUUUCAAAUUGAAUAAAUCUAAUUCAAACUAUCAAAUUAUUAAAUUAGUACCAAAUAUAAAUGAUUACAAUUUAAUUGAUUAUCGAAAUUUUCAUUUAAGUCAAUUUUUAACCAAAUUUUUAUCAAACAAACAAACUAUUCAUUUAUUAUGCAAACGAAAGAAUUCUCGUAAAAAAUGUUGUUUAGUUUACAGAACUACCUCUACGAAUACUUCUACUACUACUACUACUACUACUACUGUUUAUGGUAAUGCAUUAUUGUAUUUCUGUAUUGUGAUGAUAUUUUGUGCUCAAGUGUCAUUUGCACUGACAACUGGAAAAAAGACAUCAGAUCGAUUUGUUGUUAGUAGUACUAGUAGUAGUAAUAAUAGAUUUCAUUUUAUGAAUAUUAAGUCAUUACGUCAUUUGGGUGAACAGAUGUUACGAACUGGUGCUAUAAUUACUCAAUUAUUUGACGCAAUUGAAUUCUCUGUUGUACAUGAACGAUCUACCUCAUAUUUAAACAUUCAAUAUUUUAUUGGUCAUAAUCGAUCAUUAUGGUUUACUGUAACUCCAUGUACAAAUACAUUGAAUCGUAUUGAAUUUGUUGGAUCAUCUGCAUAUCAUGAACCAUGGGAAGAAAGUAAAGUUCAUGGUUUACAAUUGUCAAAAUCUGAAAUCUAUUCUAUAAAUUGGCCUCAACAGAAAAUACGUAUAGAACCAUUUCCAAGUGAACUGAAACUACCAAAUAUCACUUUAACUAAUCAAGGUGAUACUGUUCUUGGUUUAACGCGUUCACGAUUACAUUAUCAACAAAUUAAAUAUAAAACGGAUAGUUUAAAUGUACGUUUAUAUGGAACUAUCGGUGAUACAUAUAAUGUACGUUUAAGUACACGUCGUUCACCCAGUCAUGCUUUAGAUGGUUAUCCAGAAUUGGAUAAAUUUUCACCGAUAUCUGUAUGUUUAGUACGACAUACAAAUGACAUAUUAGAUAUAUCAUGGAGAACAGUAAUACGUAAUCCACUGCAAAUUAAUUAUUGUGCUGUUAUCAAUGCGAAUGAAAAUCUUUACUACAAAUGUACUGCAAUGACAAGAUUAAGUCAACUUUUCGAAAAUCAUACAAAUGAACAGUUUGAACGACCUAGAGUAUUUCAAGAAACUGAUUAUUUAAGAUCAAAAUUAAUUGAUAAUUAUGUGUAUAAAUGUAGUGCGAAGUCAGUGAUAAGAAUUAAACUCACUCCAAAACUAGCACAAAUUUUAAAUGAUUUACAUGUGAAUCAUUCACUUAAAUUAUUUAUUAAUAUUUAUGCAAUUAAUAAACGUAUGGAUAUUAGUACAGCUUAUCCAGUAAAAAUUAUACAAUAUUCCAUUCAAAAUUGUGAAACAAAACGUCAUGUAUAUGAUAUUAAAAUGAUCAAUGAAUCGUAUUAUAAUCGAUUAUUAUGGAAUGCUGAUGUUUCAUUUAAAUUACAAUCCACUGAAAAAUCUCUUCAACUUUAUUAUCAACCAUGUCGUUUACCGAGUAAUAAAGCAUUAAAUUAUACUAUAUCUUUAAUGAAAAAAAUAUUUUCACGGGAUUCAGGUAGUGCAAUUUUUAAUUUACAAACAUUAUGUGAAUAUCCAAUUAAUAGUCAUCGAGUAUUACGCAUGUGUUUAAAUGCUGGCAAUGGAAUUUAUUACAUAAAAUUGAACGGCAAUCCUAAUUUUGAAAAUAAAGAACCAGUGGGUAGAUAUUUUUUCUUAAAAACUAACACAAGCAACUUACUACCUCAAAAACCAAAACAUACAUAUUUUCCAACAGAUAUUUCUACUAUUACUGUUCAACCAUCAAGUAACCAAACCAUUUUUCAAAUUCCAUCUCCAUUUCUACAACACAACUCAAGACGUUAUCGUUUUACUAAUCAUCGUGUAAAACGUGCUAAUUAUCAUCGAAUGCAAUUCAAUAUGAAGUUGAACUCAAAACAGAUUAACAGCUAUUAUAUGAAAACAGUUAAUGUCAUUUCACUGAGGAAUAAUAAUAAUUUUUUAAACAUUCCAAAUUUAUUAAAACGACAAUCAAGAGAUAUUCCAUAUAAGAAUGGUUUUCAAAUUGGUGUCGAGUGUACAUCACAUCAAGUAUAUAUCAGUCUAAAAAUUCAUGCGAAUCCACAAAAUUAUUGGAUCUAUACCUUACCAGUACUAAAUGAUCCAAUGAACAAGUUAAAUUUAAUGUGGGAUUACUUAAAUAAUAAUAUGACUAACUAUUGUGAAUUUCCAAAACAUACAUUAUCUAAACAGACGAAACAAAUGAAUAAACCAAUUUAUUGUCAAACAACUCAAGGAAUGCAUUCACUCGAAUUAACUAUACCUGCAUAUCAUCGUAAUGAUUAUCCAAGAUAUUAUUUAAUAUUAAUUUAUGCAUCAAAUAAUGAAGAUAUGAAUGGAAGUUAUAAACAAUUAUUUGUACGUCAGUUAUUAGAUACAUGUAAUAUUAUUUCUAAUGGUUGUUAUCCUAAAGUACCAUCAGAUUGUCGUCAAAAUUAUCCAAAAUAUUUACCAUCAACAUUUGAUCCAUUAAUGUCUAGUUCAGUAAUAUUAAAUUCUAAUUCAUCUAGUCAAAUACCUGUUUGCAUGAUAGAUGAAUAUUGA